CUCUAAGUUAGCAGGUUUCAAAUCGCCAUGGCUAGGAUCAGAAGAAGAUUCCCAAAGCGCCAUAACCACGGAGACGUACACCACGUCGGUUUUUUUGGACAACGUUUGAUCGUCACGGUCACUCAUACUACUUCAGUGAUCCGCCGAUGGAUCCAAAGCAUCCGCUUCUUCAGCCGUCUUCGUUUGUCACACCCUCUCGUUGUCGGACUCGGCGUCCAAUGGACACCCGGUGGUCCCGAUCCACCACCGGACACUCUCCAGUUAUGUGUUGGUAUCCGCUGCCUCAUUAUCCAGUUGUCUCACUGUAAGAGCAUGCCCAACGUCCUCCGAAGUUUCUUGGAAGAUCGCACAAUCACUUUUGUCGGCGUCUGGAACAGCCAGGACCAGGGCAAGCUCGAGAGAUUUUACCAUCAGUUGUACAUCUGGAGACUUCUCGACAUAAGGCACUAUCUGCCUAUUUGGCUCCAGCGUAGCUCCUUUGAGAAGAUCGUGGAGGAGCGUUUGGGGCACAGAGGAGUGAGGAAAGAUAAGGAGAUAUGUAUGAGUGACUGGGGCGUUCACAAACUUUAUUAUGAUCAGAUAGUUCUGGCGUCACAUGAUGUCUAUGUUUGCUGCAAGCUCGGUGUUAAGGAACGUCUCUGGGAAUUUGAGAUAUAA